AUGAAGAUCCUUAUAUUGGCUCUGCUCAUUCAGAGGAUUGUAUGCUUUGCAAUCACAAAGGUACCAACCGACGUGUCGAUAUCCCUUGCAAGCUCAACAGCAACUACCUCACCGAGUAUCACUGGCCUCCCGUUGCCACUGGCCUCCAUCGCCAGGACUGAUGUCAACGUUCCUGAUCAUCAGAUACCGUUCUCUGCACUAGUGACUAUUGCGCCAUUGCUGCCAAACCCUUUAGAGAGAAGACAGAGAUGCUGGGACGACCGUGGAUUCAGCGUCAAUUGUGCCACUUGGACCGGUUACUACUACACUUGGGGCCCUCCAGGUGAUCCUUACAGGGGCGGUCCAGGAGAGGGAGCAGAUGGGAGUGGAGGUUAUGGUGGCGGUGGCAGCAAUGGCGAGGGCGGCAUCAACCUCGAAAAAGCCCUUGGCCUCUACUUCAUUUACUCGGAUUCAAAGUUCAACUCUCCAUAUCUGUCAAUCAGCGAAGUUCCCUCGUCUGUAUCGUUCAACUUUCGAGUCUACAGACAUCUUCGCCCACAGAUGAUUCUUCCUCGCUUUCUCGAUCUACAAGCCCCUCUGUUUCGAGGAAUGGGUCGCAAAGGCAGAGCAUGCAGAAGCCGAUUCGCACAAAGUCUUUUGGUCUCACUCGUUCUCCAAGGCUUUGUCGCUGCGGAUCGAGCCCUGCAGCCCAGUCAGGGUGGUCUAGUUCAUCCAGUUCCGGCACCAGACAGCUCUGGCGAUUGGGUGACGCUGACCGACCCUGCAACAAUGGCACAUGCGACAAACCCGAUAGAUACUCAUACUUCGGACAAACCUGAGGUUAUCAUUCAGUCGAUACCAUCAAAUCCAUGGUUGGUCGAAUCUGCGUCCACAACUGAGUGCUUUAAUUUUGAAUCAGGGUGGCCGACUUUAUUAGGCUUGGGCGCCCCGUGCGAAUCUCAUCAUCCGGGGCACUCUAUCCCUGAUUCAUCUUUCACCUCGCCAACCACGACACCUCCUUGGGGUUCCCUGCAUAUAACUUUACCUGAGACAAGCAGCGGUGAAACAUCACCCGACAGCAGCUCUUUCGAUACAACAUCCUUUUCCUCCACCACUACGGUAACGAUGCCAAUGUACUCGACCACCGUGAUUAUAACAAGAAACAGAACAGAUACAGAGCGUGCAAUGACGACAGCAGUCUCAGAGACAUCCUUGUCUGAAAACCAGACGUUCGCUGUCGCAUCACAGCCUAUGUCCUCUGAAUCGUUGGGUACAGCAGACGACUCGGACAUUAGCACAAAGGCCGAGACGUCUCAAAUAAACUCCACUGAAUCGGUUUCAGCAUCUGUCGCUCCAUCCACUUCUACUCAAACCAACUCAAGCACGCACCAUCCGUCGACGUACGUGGUCAGCGUCGUCACGACGCUCACGGAAUGGGAGUACACGACCAUGUCCCUGGUGGUGACAACUGUACCGACAUUGACACUUCCAAGAUCAACCAUCACCGGAACCGCAGAUGAAGCUUGUCAGACUCUACCAUGUACCAGACGAAACAAUACGUUUACAAUGAGCAAUACAGGAUCAUCGAAUUCAUCCCUCACCUCUGGCAUCAGCACCCAUACGACACACACUCUCUCCCUGAAUCUCAAUUCAUCCACGGAUCACCCCAGCACCAAUACCAGCAUCGUCAUCAGCAGCAGCAGCUCCGUUCCCACAAUAGGACAGAUCUACACAUCAAGCGACCUUGCCAGUGUUCCACAUACAUACCGACAAUACAAAUCCCACAGUAGAACAUACACAUCGGAUCUAGGCGUCGUGACUACAACAUGUAUUCCCACGACGACAGUCACGGCCGCGCCACAUGGCAAGGUUUCAACUACUGUCAUUUUCGGCGAGUGUGGACCAGGAAUUGGGCCGAUGGUCACGGAGAGUAUUCAUGUCACCGAAACGGGUGGAGGUGACGGAGUCAAUGGUGAGAUAGAGAUGAUGAUGAUGAUGAUGAUGAUGAUUCGGGAUCCCGAUGUGAAGCCUGUUGUCUUUGAUAUUGGCCCUAUAAAUGGGUAUCAAGACCGAGAUGCAAAUGGAGAUGGAGAUGGAGAUGGAGAUGGAGAUGGAGAUCGAAGCAGCCAUGACUAUCCAAGCUAUCCUUCAGAGCCUACGACUCUCAGUACUAGAGUCAAUUCUAGGCAAGUGUGA